AGCAACAUUUAAACGCAACACAUUUCACAACAGCAUUAUACUUCAAUAAUUGAUAAACAAGCCACAAGAAAAAAGCACGCGAUAAACAUAAAGAUGGGUGUAGACUAUUACAAGAUCCUGCAAGUCGACAAGAAUGCAAAUGAUGAUGAUUUGAAGAAGGCUUAUCGGAAGCUUGCCAUGAAAUGGCACCCUGAUAAGAACCCUAACAAUAAAAAGGAAGCUGAGGCUAAAUUCAAGCAGAUCUCUGAAGCAUAUGAGGUUUUAAGUGAUCCACAGAAGCGAGCUGUCUAUGAUCAGUAUGGUGAAGAAGGGUUAAAAGGCCAAGUACCACCUCCAGAUGCCGGUGGACCUGGUGGAACAACGUUUUUCCAAACUGGGGAGGGUCCAAAUGUGUUCAGGUUCAACCCCAGAAAUGCUGAUGAUAUUUUUGCCGAGUUUUUCGGGUUUUCUAGUCCCUUUGGGGGGAUGGGAGGAGGUCCCGGUGGCGGCGUCGGUGGCGGCAGUGGGAUGAGAGGUGCUUCGAGGGCAUUCGGUAGCAUGUUUGGUGAUGAUAUAUUCAGUUCGUUUGGUGAAGGAAGACCAAUGAGUCAGGGUCCUCGUAAAGCUCCUCCUAUAGAGAAUACGUUACCGUGUAGCCUUGAGGAUUUGUAUAAAGGAACCACGAAGAAGAUGAAGAUUUCAAGAGAAAUUGCAGAUGCUAGCGGGAAGACAUUGCCUGUGGAGGAAAUCCUGACAAUUAAUAUCAAGCCUGGUUGGAAGAAGGGAACAAAGAUUACCUUCCCUGAGAAGGGAAAUGAACAGCCGAACGUUACCCCUGCGGAUCUUGUCUUCAUAAUUGACGAGAAGCCUCACAGCACAUUUACACGUGACGGCAAUGACCUGGUUGUCACACAGAAGAUAUCGCUUGCCGAAGCAUUAACAGGCUACACCGUCCAUCUCACAACAUUGGAUGGAAGGAGCUUGACAAUCCCCAUCACUAAUGUGAUCAGUCCCAACUACGAGGAAGUUGUCCCAAAGGAAGGUAUGCCGAUACCGAAAGAUCCUUCCAAGAGAGGUAACUUGAGAAUCAAGUUCAAUAUUAAAUUCCCAACAAGAUUAACUGCAGAGCAGAUAUCCGGAAUCAAGAAGCUGUUGACACCAUAAGCCUGGACUGUGAUCACUAGGAAAAACUUAUGGGUUGAAAUUUGUCAAUACCACUUGAUGGUGAUGGACAUGGCAGAGUGAUCUGUAAUACUUAGUUUUGUGAUUUUCUCAGCAAUGCAGCUGAUGUUCAAAAGAAUAAAAGUUGUAAUCCAUUAAGCAUUGCAGGGAAAGCGAAGUUGUGUAAUGUUGAACUAUUUUGUAUUGUUACCCCAUAAGGUUUCAUAAAUUAAUACUUUAAAAAUUUCAGUUA